CGCGUGUCGGUUGCAGCAGUACUGCUGGUUUUGCACUUGGACUAUCAGACAGACAAUUUCCCUCCCUAUGCUAUCUCUGUAAUCUGGAGACUUCGUCUGCUACCGCAGUAAAAAGACUACUUACUACAUUAUUGUAUAUCAUGAGUCUAUAACACCCCCAUCAUUCUCCUUUGGCUACGUUUGAGAUUCCCUCACACCUCUGAGAGCUUCAACUUGGAUCACAGUAGGCACAGCGCGAUAUCGAUUCGAACGCGGGUGAUCAACAAAGAGAUCAUUCGACCUGUCUUGUCCGGACUAGCUGCUAGACUGUAUUGGCUCCUGACAAAGUGAAAUAACUCCUGUUAUCUUUAUCUGCUACAUACGCUGCUUCUGGAGACGUCUUGGGCCAUCAUGCAGGGAUAUCAUGGGGGUAGGAGUGAUCCUCCCCAAUACCCCCGUGAAGAUACACGGCCUACUAGUAAGAAAGAGCUUGCUGGCUGGUACAGCUAUGGUUGGGCUGCAGAGGUUUUCGCUGUAUGUGCCAUGGGGUCGUUUCUCCCCAUUACUUUAGAGCAAAUGGCUAGGGAACGUGGUGUCCUUCUAUCGGACCAGACAAUCCCAUGUAGUGCAAGUUGGAAUCACCCACAAAACCAGGCACAAUCGGCCCUUGUGUAUGUGCGACCUGGGGCAGCCACUGUAGCUCAAUGCGUGGUUAAUAUUCUAGGAUUACAAGUGAACACUGCAAGCUUCGCUAUGUAUACUUUCUCGGUGAGUGUCUUUGUUCAGGCUAUCUUCAUUGUGUCUAUGUCGGGCGCCGCAGACCAUGGGAAUCAUCGCAAGAUGCUUCUAGUGCUUUUUGCUUUGGCCGGCUCCGUUGCCACAAUGCUCUUCCUUGCGAUAUCGCCGCGAGUUUACAUCCUGGCUGCGCUGUCUGCGAUUGUAGCCAAUACCUGCUUUGGGGCCUCUUUCGUGCUUCUCAAUUCGUUCCUGCCUUUGUUAGUCCGCCACCACUCUUCCUUGCUCAAAAGAGAUGCGGCUAGCCCUUUCAGGCCUAUCGCCCCAAACGCAGAUCGCAAACUGGUCUCUAUAAAGAAUAACCAGGAACUCGAGCUGUCCUCCAAAAUCUCUUCUUAUGGGAUCGGCAUUGGCUAUAUUGGCGCAGUGAUAUUACAAGGACUAUGCAUCGCCGUGGUCUUUGCGACUAGGCAAACUACUUUCUCGCUGCGUCUUGUUCUCUUUCUGAUCGGACUCUGGUGGUUUCUCUUCACGAUUCCUGCUGCGAUAUGGCUGCGUUCUCGACCAGGACCACCUCUAUCCCAUGUCUCGCACAGCAAGAACCAUCGCGCGUGGGGUGGCUAUGUUGCAUAUGCCUGGAAGUCUCUCCUCCGGACAGCAAUGCGUACUCGGCAUCUGAAAGAUAUUCUAUUGUUUCUUGCUUCGUGGUUUCUUCUCAGUGACGGGAUCGCAACAGUGAGUGGGACGGCCGUGCUAUUCGCUAAAACCCAACUCGGUAUGCAGCCUGCUGCAUUGGGCCUGAUCAACGUGGUUGCAAUGGCAGCAGGUGUAUUCGGUGCAUUCUCUUGGGGCUAUAUUGCGCGGUUCUUUGGCCUGUGUGCAUCACAAAUCAUCAUUCUAUGCAUUCUGCUGCUUGAGAUUGUGCCGCUCUAUGGACUUCUAGGAUUUAUUCCAGCCGUUAAGGAAUUGGGUUUCUUGGGUCUCCAACAGCCAUGGGAGAUGUAUGUGCUGGCCAUAGUCUACGGGCUUGUCAUGGGAGGACUGUCUUCCUAUUGCCGAAGUUUCUUCGGGCAAUUAAUUCCUCCAGGCUACGAAGCGGCUUUCUACGCGCUUUAUGCCAUCACUGACAAAGGAUCCAGCAUCUUUGGCCCGAUGGUUGUUGGACUCGUUACGGAUCGAUAUGGUGACAUAAGACCCGCAUUCGUCUUUCUUGCCAUACUGAUCUUGUUUCCAUUGCCUCUUAUGUUGCUUGUCGACGUUGACCGUGGGAAACGAGAUGCUCUGGCACUCGCAACUGAAUUAGAAGGUGAAAGGGGGGUACAGUCGCUCGGUUCUGGAACGAAUUCACACGUCUCCACUCACAGUGAACGACCAGUCAUGCAAAGUGAGUGA